CGGGUGAGAGAGUGAGUACCUGCCGGCCCGGCACACCUCCGGCCCGCCCCCGGCCCGCCUCCUCGGCGCGUCCGCCUCCUCGGCGCGUCCCCUCAGCUAGAAGGAUGCCACGAAGAAAGAAAAAAGUUAAAGAAACUCCUGAAUCACAGAACCUGGAGAAAGAUGAAGACACUACAAAUUCUGUCACUAUGAAGAGGAAGCGAAAACUUGAGGAUGCAUUCAUUGUGAUAUCUGAUAGUGACGGAGAGGAACCAAGGGAGCAGAAUGGAUUGCAGAAAACAAAGACAAAACAGUCUAACAGAGCGAAGCGUCUGGCUACAAGAAAAAUUGCACAGAUGACAGAAGAAGAACAGUUUGCUCUGGCUCUCAAAAUGAGUGAACAGGAAGCUAGAGAAGCGAACAACCAGGAGGAAGAAGAAGAGCAGCUUUUGAGAAAAGCCAUUGCUGAAAGUUUAAAUAGUUGCCGGCCUUCUGAUUCUUCUGCUACCAGACUUCAACCUUUGGCCCCUGGACCAUCCUCACAGACUCACCAAGAGAAAACCACAGACUCUGGGCUCAAAGAAGGCGUAUGGCAGCUGGUACCUUCAUCACUGUUUAAAGGCUCCCAUAAAAGUCAGGGAAACGAGGCUGAGGAAAGAGAGGAGCCCUGGGACCACACUGAAAACACUGAAGAGGAGCCGGUCUCUGACAGCUCAGGAAGUUGGGACCAGUCAAGCCAGCCAGUGUUUGAGAAUGAGAACGUUAACUGUUUUGACAAAUGUACUGGCCACUUGGCAUCCCACACACAGUAUGGGAAGCCACAGGAAAGUACUGGGAGGGGUUGUGCUUUUCUCAAAGCUUCCCAGGGCAGGGGGGUUACAUCUAGGCACUGUCUACCUUCUCCAGAUGCCAAAGGUCUUCAAGACAUUGGGGACAGUGUGCAUUACUUCUGGGGUAUUCCAUUCUGCCCUGCUGGAGUAGACCCAAAUCAAUAUACCAAGGUCAUUCUCUGCCAAUUGGAAGUUUAUCAAAAGAGCCUGAAAAUGGCUCAGAGACAGCUCUUAAAAAAGAAAGAGUUUGGGGAACCAGUGUUACCUAGACCUCCUUCUCUGAUCCAGAAUGAAUGUGGCCAAGGAGAUCAGACUAGUGAAAAAACUGAAGGCAUCUCACAAGAUAUCGGAGAUGAAGAGAAAGAGGAAAGGGAGGAGUCUAGGGCAUCUGUCUGGCACCCCAAAACCAAGGAUUUCCAAGAGAGCCAAGUUAAAAGCUUGAAAGAGAAACUUUUAUUGGAGGAAGAACCAACAACCAGUCUUGGUCAGUCUUCCCAGGGGUUAUUUGUUGAAGAAACUUCUGAAGAAGGAAACUCUGUGCCUGCUUCCCAGAGCAUUGCUGCUUUGCCCAGUAAGAGAAGCUCAGUCCUCAUGCCUCCAAGUUCUGCAGAAGAAAUCACUAUUUGUCCUGAGACACAGCCAAGUUCCCCUGAAAUUCUUGACCUUGAAAGAGAAGUCUCUCCAGAUAACAAAGAAAACCCAGAUGAAAUCAGAAUAACAGAGAAGGUUGGUAAUAGGGAAGAUACCAAGAAGGAAGUACCUGCUUUUGCCAUGCCAUCCAGUAGCCAGGUCUCCUGUCCGCUGUGUGACCAAGGCUUCCCUCCUUCAAAGAUUGAGCGACAUGCCAUGUUCUGCAAUGGUCUGGUGGUGCAUGACACAGUGUUGACUCGGAGACAAAAAGAGGCCAAGAGCAAGCCUGGCAGUGGGAGAACUACUCAGACUUACCAUGACGUUGACAAGAAUGAGAAGUGUUAUCUCUGUAAAGCCUUGGUGCCAUUAAGCGAGUAUCAGUGCCAUGUGGACUCCUGCCUGCAGCGUGCAAGGGGGAACCAAGGAGACGGGCCUGGAAGGAGCAGUGCAGUGUACUCACCCAAGGAGGGCAAGCGGCAGCCGCGGCUGAGAAACCCGAAGAAAAAAGGCCGACUCCUCAGUCUGUUGGAACAGUCAGAAAACAAGGAACAGCCCGAGCCCAAGACUGCAGAUGCAGAGAUAAAGACCAGGUCUUCAGAAUCAGGAGCUUUCAGGGUAUCCUCAGCAGCACUGGAAGAGGCAAGCUGCAGCAGAGUGACGCAUCCCUCUACAAAUCUUGAUUUAAAUGAGUCUCCCAUCAAGUCUUUUGUUUCUGUUUCAGAAGCCACAGAUUGCUUAGUAGACUUUAAAAAGCAACUUACUGUCCGCACAGGUAGCCAGACUCAGACCAAAGCAGGCAGAGGAAGGAGGAGAAAAUCCUGAAUUUCUGAAGUUCAAAAGUUGACAAAACCAUUAGCAAUAGGGAUAGGCCAUGUUCAUUCAGUUAUAUUGGCCUACAAUUUAUUGUUGAACAAGUUCCAGCCCUGAAGUUUUCAUCACCAGCACCCACUGAAUAUCCCGGUUUUUAUGUUUUGUAUGAUCUACACAGACAACUGUGUAUAGUGUUCUGUUUUAUAGCAAUCUUCUGAAUUUGCUUACAGUUAAAAGAAAAGUUAAAUAUAUUUAUGUUUGUAUGAAAUCUUAUUUCUGCAGAUGGAGAUUUCUCGUUCUUCUGUAUUACAGGGUUUGAGAUGGGGAUAUUUUAAUUUUAGAGGUAGUUUUCUGAAUGAAUUCUAUGACUGA